UAGGUAGCGUUAGCUAGCCAUCUUUUCGAACGGAACAGCUAGCUAGUUGCGUUAUUUGGUUACCUAGCUAGAUACCGAUUUAACACAGUGAUAGCUAACUAGAGUAUUUGACAGCUACACUGCCAGCUUGUUUCCUAGCUAGCUAGCUAACGACGUAAUUGCCAGAGUAGAUCCAGAGAGAAUGGCUGCAGGCUGGUUGGGUAGUCUGGUGUCAAUAAACUGUGGACCAACCCUGGGCAUGUACCAGGGAGAAGUGUCAUCUGUGGACCAGACUAGUCAGACCAUCUCUCUCAGAAAACCUUUUCACAAUGGGGUCAAGUGCCCUGUCCCUGAGGUCACCUUCAGUGCUAUGGACAUCAAAGAGCUCAAGUUCCUGGAUAUCCAAACUCAAAGUGGUGUCAGCAGAGCCAGUGCUGGACAAGGGGUCUUGUCUGAUCCAGGUGUCAAAUCUUCAGGGCAGAGUGGUCAGAAUAGCAGAGGUGGUUACCCUGCCAACAACACCCAUUCCACCACCGCUCCUAUUACCAUUUUACGCAAAGGUCCUCCAGCAUCAUCUAGUAACCGAGGGCCAAACCAGGCCACGCCGAAGAAGAAUGGAGUGAAGAACGGAGGAGGUGGAGGGCAGAUGAGGCUCAGGGACGACGAGUGUUUUGGUGCUGAUAUGGACGAGGGUCUGGACACAGACUUUGACUUUGAGGCAAACCUGGCACUGUUCGACAAGGCAGCCGUGUUCUCACAGAUUGACGGCACAGAUUGCAAUGGGGCACGUUCCCGUGGUACACCCGGUGGCGAACGUGGUACACCCACACGUUACCGUCACGACGAGAACAUCCUGGAGGUCAAACCAGUCGUCUACCGGCAGAUCACGGUCCCACAACACGGGGGCAAGGAGUACUGCACUGACACUGGCCUGGUUGUCCCCAGUGUGUCCUACGAGCUUCACAAGUGUCUUCUGGCCUCAGCGGAGCGGCAUGGCCUGUCUCUGGAGCGGCGGCUGGAGAUGACUGGUGUGUGUGCCAGCCAGAUGGCCCUCACUCUUCUGGGGGGCCCCAACCGGCUGACACCUAAGAAUAAUCACCAGCGUCCCACGGUGGCCCUGCUGUGUGGCCCCCAUGUCCAGGGGGCCCAGGGCAUCAGCUGUGGACGGCACCUGGCCAACCACGAGGUGGAGGUCAUCCUCUUCCUUCCCAACUUCGUCAAGAUGCAGGAGUCCAUCACCAACGAGCUCGCCCUCUACAGCAAGACCAGCGGCAAGCAGGUGGCCAGCAUCAACGACCUGCCGGUCAGCCCAGUGGACCUGGUCAUCAACUGUCUGGACUGCCAUGAGAAUGGCUUCCUGAGGGACAAGGCCUGGUACCUGGCGGCUGCGGACUGGGCCAACCAGAACAGGGCUCCGGUGCUCAGCAUUGACCCUCCAGUGAGUGGCAAGAAGCAGGCCGUGGAGGCCAAGUGGACCCUGUCUUUGGGCCUGCCCCUGCCUCUGGAUGGUGGGGAGGCUAGGGUCUACCUGUGUGACAUUGGGGUUCCGAAGCAGGUGUUCCAGGAAGUGGGCAUCAACUACCAUUCACCCUUCGGCUGCAAAUUCGUUAUUCCUUUACACUCUACAUAGCAGGACCUGCCACAACCUACCAGCGCUGGCUGUGCACAGGAUUGUGUUGUCAUUCUAGUGAAAUACAGAAGGCCUUCUUAGAGGGUGAUGUGUAUAGUUACUGAAAAAAGGUUGUGGGGGGAUUUCAGAAUUGGCACUUAAUUGUAUUGCUGGUUGGUAUAUGUUUUUCCUUUGCUCCCGGUUGACCCCUGUGAGUGUAUUGCGUGCCACGGGAGAAGGGUAAGCUCCAAGAGGAGGGCUUCCUGUCCCGUUGGGCUUUGUGAUAAGGGCUAUGUGUGUGCAUUGCCCUCUAUCAGCCAGUCUUGAGUAUGUUAUGUUUACAGAGAGCUGACUAACCACUAUGAGUCAGUCUCUAUCUAUGAACCCUGACCGUGUGACCAGCCAUGGGCCUGAGACAUACUUCCUGUUUCCUACUGUAGAUUGUGUGGACUGGAGACCACAGGACCUGGCUGACCCAGUGCCCCACAGCAGAGCUCAAUUUCUCUCACCUCUCUGGGAAAAGCCCUAUGAUCUGAAUUGGAGAUAUUUAUUUGAAAUGCCCUUAUUCUCACUAAAUUCAAUUGGUAUGUUUUUCUUAAAUGCCACUUUUUGGUCAACAUUGGUUGUAGCGAAUUGCAAUUGAAAUGUGUAUUUAGCUAGCCCUGGUAUCAACUCGGAACAAACACAUUUGUUUGUCCUCUUUUCUUUAUCUAAAGAAAAUGUUUAAGAAUUGGUCUGUUUUUGAUAAAUAGGGAAGAUGUUUUGGAUUUGUUUGAAUGCAUAUAUUUUCUAAAGCUGCAUCUCUACUAUAUUUUUAACAACACUGCAAUGAAAGAUGUAAAGUGGUGCUCAACACUUUUGUUUCAGUGUAUUUGUGUUAUCGUACAAACAAAUAGUUUCUCCGUCUUUUACACUUCUCAUAUGAAAUCAUAUCUGUUUAACACCUGUCAGAUAAGGCCACAUACAGUCUUAUAAUAGUUUACAAGGGUAUGCAUAUUUAUCUGUUAAGUAGCUAUACACAGUAGAAAGGUACACAUGCUCUACCUCUGCUGCCGUGACUGUUCUUGCUUCAGGUUUUGUAAACAUGUAAUUUGCUAAGCAGUACCAUUUAGUUUACACUUAGUAUUACAGCAUUUGUCAAGAAAAAAAAAUGUAAAGAUAGUUUUCCUAGUAGUAGCCAUUGUACCAUUUAAUUCACUUUCUGAUAGGAUUGGGUUUGCAUUUAAUUUGUAUAGGCAAUAUGCCAUUUAAAUUCCGAACACAAGCCUUGGAUGUGCAGCGAAACAGAUGGGCCACGAUAGAUAAGACUGAUAUUUUUUUUUUUUGCAAUCAUUUUGAAAGAGGAUCUUCAAAUGCGCUUGAGCCAGACUCGGAUUUGUGUGAGACGUUCUGUGGUUGUGUAAACAGAUCUGUAAUUACAGACCUGUUCGGUCACAUACUGGCCAGGAUGUCUGAAUUAUGUUUGCAAACGAUUAGCGAUUUUUGCAAACACUCGGUGCAUUUUAGUAUGGUCUUAGUAUGGAGUGCAGACAUUGUGUUUUAGGGAGCUUUUGUGAAUGGGUUAGAUUUAGGUUUGGCUCCAAGGGCAUUGAGGCUGACUGCUUUCUUAAACUGUAUUUCAUUAUUUUCUUAUUAUUCUAAAUCCAAUUAUUGGUGUUUGCACAUGUUUAUUUUCAUGGGUAGUCGAUGAGGUUUGAUCUGGAUUGAUUGGGUUACAACUUUGCAAACAUUCAUAUGACUUGGAAGUACUGUCUUGUCUGUGUAUCUGCUCUACAUUUCCAAACGACUAAAUCAGGCUAUUGUUAAUAGUGCAUACAGUGAAUCAAUGGCAUCUGUUGCCAAUUGUGUUCUAGCUGGUAGGACUAUGAGUUUAUUUGUUUUUGUUUAUCUCUGAUAAUGUUGCUCAAUAAUGCUGUGUUGCUCAACAAUGUCACGCAAUGAGCUUUCUCACGUAUUACAAGUGUAUGUAGCCUGUUUUUGUAAAUGUAUGCCAUCUCACUGCAGGUGCCAACUACAGAUACUUGCAGUAUCUACAUAACAUGUUAUGAUGUGAGAAUAAAACAACACAAUGUAUCUUUAUAAAGCAUCCAAAACACGUAUUUUAGCUUAGUAGUUGGGCUCCUUGAGGCUGCUGCUGUUGUCAGCUUUGAGAGGAAUGCCUGUUCCUGCAUGUGAUGUCAGAGACCUAUGGAUGCUGAGGUGAGAAGUCUUACAGGAGAUUUUUUUUGUCAUCUAAAACUGCUACUUUCAGAAAUAUUUCCAUGGGAAAUGAUGAUCUUGUAUUGUGACACUCCAGCCCAGACAGAUUUAUUUUUAAGUGAUUUAUGGUCAUAUUGUUACAAAACAUUUGCCAGAAAACAGGCCAUGUUUUCGCACAGCUAAUUACAUUCAUUUUCUUAAGGACUUACAGUAAUCGUUUUUGGGAAGUGUCCUCGUGGUAGCUCGCAAUGGGAUAGUGGCUAAUCUCAUAUGAUGUCAUGAUGGAGGAACUAAACCACUUUUGUUUGAUCAUAUCAUUACAGAUUUAAUCAGGAUUUUGUUUACUUUAGUUUAUUUUUUGAGGAAUUGGUGUGUAAACUGGAAUAAUAAACGUUAUCCUUUAUCAUAAAGGAAUUUCAGCAAGGCAGAUGAAGCAUGUGACACCACAAGUAUUUGUAAUGGUGUGCAGAUCUGGUCCAAGUUGACACUGUUCUGUAUACUGAGAUCAAGCUUGAGAAUUAAUGACUGAUAAACAUUAAAUGUGACACUGCAUAGAAAAUAUUCAAUUUUUUAAAGGGCUUCAUUUUUUCAACACACUUCCAUUUCAAUUUCUGUUGACCUGUUGUUGUAAUAAAGACCACUUCAUCCAUUUUUAUAUUGAAAAUACAGGGGGCCAAAAUGUGCCACAUGCACUACUUUUGUAGGAAUCUUGAGAGCACACUAUUUUAUUUGUUAUGCCUAUCCCACAGACCACAACUACAAUUUUGUUUUUUUUUUGGGGGGGGCGUUUGUUACAAGAUCACGUGUGGGAGUGUGUAUAGUAAUUGUUAAAGUUCUCCAAUUCACACUUUUUAUGAAGCUGCAGCAAAUGUAUUGUGUUUUAGUUUAUUAAAUGGACAUGUGGCUACUCUUCAUGUUUGUGCCAGA